AUGGAUGCCGUCAUUUCUCAAAUUCAUACCUUGGCCCAAUCCGCCGAUGAUGCGGGUCGAUUGGCAAUUCAAAGAGCGCUUCAAGAAGUCCAGAUAGAAAUCCAGUCUCCCCAAGAUACUUUGAUGGGAUUCGCAAACUCGAAUCUUCUCAUCGCUAUGAUCCGUCUCGGGGUAGAUCUCGGAGUGUUUCGCGAUCUUAGCAAGGCCAAUGGGUCUCUGACUGCCAGUCAGUUGGCUAGUGUCCAUGAUGCAUCCCCUAUCUUUAUGGAAAGAAUUCUUCGCUAUCUAGCCUCUACCAAUAUGAUUCUGGAGGUUGGUAUUAAUGAAUACCGACCAAAUAAAAUCACCUAUGUUCUAGCUGAUCCCAGAGGGGAGGGUAUGGCCUAUCACGGAUUUGAUGUUUCUGGGCCUAUAGUCCAAGUUAUGCCUGACUUUUUCAUGGAGAAAAAGUACCAAGAUAUUACCAGUAACAGGGACACGCCAUUCCAAAAAGCUUUCAACACUGAUCUAGCCUGUUUCGACUGGCUCGUUCAGCACCCCAAGCAUUUUGGCUCUCUCCAAAAAAUCAUGACCGCACUUGAAGGCGCAGAAUGGACCGUUGGGUUUGAUCUCAUCAAGACAGAGGCUGAAAAAAUCAAAUCAACCACCCCGCAGCCUUCUGAGAGGCCGUUUCUCGUGGAUGUUGGUGGUGGUCAUGGCCACCAGUGUGUCCAGCUAGCAAAGACAUACCCCAACCUUCUUGGUCGCCUCGUCUUGCAAGACCUGCCUGAGGCUGUUCACAGUCUGCCUUCAAUCGAAGGAGUCAGAGCUGAAGCUCACGACUUCUUCCAGAAGCAACCCAUCACAGAUGCAAAAUUCUAUUACCUGCGAAGAAUCAUGCACGACUGGCCCGACAAAGAGGCGGCAUCCAUUCUUCAGAAUAUCGGUAGCGUCAUGGCACCUGAUGCUCGUAUUUUGAUUGACGAAGUGGUCUUGCCGAAUACCGGUGCCCAUUGGCAAGCUACCAUGACAGAUUUGUCAAUGAUGUUCGCCUUUGGGGGAAAAGAGCGAUCUGAAAAGCAGUGGGAAUCUCUGGCAGAGUGUGCGGGUCUACGAGUCGAACAGAUCCAUACUUAUGUUGCCUCCACUUACACUUCCAUUGUUGUUCUUGCUCGGAAGUAA